CACACACCUCCUCCCUCGGCCUCCUUCACCUGCUGUUCUUCUGGAUCAGAGUUAAUUAAUGCAAAAUUUCAAAAAAAAGUGCCCAAAGGGAGGCUCAGGCGGAUCGCGCGCGUGUUAAUAGCGCUGCUAAGAAACUCAGCUCUGCGUUUGGCAUCGCUUAAUAACGCCGAAGCACGGCUUCCUCCACCUGCCGGGCGGCGGUGGGGCGGGGGAAGAAGGCAAAGCAAGUGCGUUCUCCGCCUGGCCUCCCGACGCCACCAGCAGUCUCAGGGGCCGUCGCUUUCCCCACGAGGGUCUCUCUCUCCCUCUCCCGCUCUCUGUGUGUGGACGUGUCUCUUUCUCCGGUUGGCACUACGGCGCCUGGGCGAGAUCUCGAUGGAAAUAUACGGCAAGAUGGCCUCUACGCAAGACGCCAGGUUUGGCCAGAAGGACACAUCAGACCAGAACUUUGAUUACAUGUUCAAACUGCUCAUCAUUGGAAACAGCAGCGUUGGGAAAACCUCUUUUUUGUUCCGUUAUGCCGACGAUUCUUUUACCUCGGCUUUUGUCAGCACUGUUGGGAUCGAUUUCAAAGUCAAGACGGUUUUCAAAAACGAAAAAAGAAUUAAGCUGCAGAUUUGGGACACAGCCGGUCAAGAGAGAUAUAGGACAAUUACAACAGCCUACUAUCGGGGUGCAAUGGGCUUCAUUUUAAUGUAUGACAUCACCAAUGAAGAAUCCUUCAAUGCUGUGCAAGACUGGUCAACCCAAAUAAAAACUUAUUCCUGGGAUAAUGCCCAGGUUAUUUUGGUCGGUAAUAAAUGUGACAUGGAAGAAGAACGGGUAAUCUCCACCGACAGAGGGAAACAUUUAGCAGAACAACUUGGUUUUGAAUUCUUUGAAACAAGUGCCAAGGACAACGUCAACGUCAAGCAGACCUUCGAACGGCUUGUGGAUAUCAUCUGCGACAAAAUGUCAGAAAGUCUGGAGGCAGAUCCUGCCAUUGCUGCCGGUAAACAGAACACGAGACUAAAGGAUAGCCCUCCUCCACAGCAACCCAACUGUGGCUGUUAAUAGAGUCAUUGUCGACAGAGGCGGCUCCAGCGUGUUCUUUUGCCAAUAGAGUAUUUACAUAGGGUCUAUAUGCCUUUAUUUAUAACGUCUUACCGGUUCAUUUUGGGGGAAAUAUGUCUUCUUUAACGCCCACUGCUGGUACAGUAUGUGCAUAGAGUUGCUUUGCAAAACAGAUCGCAAAUGUGUAAGGACAGGGCCCUCCGAUUUCUCAGCAUUUGGCCUCUGCACGUAGAUGGCUGUUCGUCUGCGCUCUUUAUGUUCACCUUUAUGCCCGUUCCACCUUUAGCUGGUGCUGUGACCUCGGGUCCACAUUUUGCCUGGAUUUUCCUCUUCCUUCAUCCCAUUUCCAGUUAAUGCUAUUUACUCUUAUAGCUUGAUGAUCCAGCAAGUCAGAAAUAGGACUCCUGCUCCUUGGCACUCCAAAUCAAUACUAGCACUGCAGAAAGGUAGCAAUCUAAUCAUGCAAGCACAGCUGUACCCUCCAGUUAACUUGCCAGUCCGCAUUCCCCAGAGAGGUCCAUGUUUCAAGAUGGCUGGGGCCCAUUAGCAAAACAACAGGUAUCCUGCUAACCAGCGACAGGGAUGGAGAAUUUAGAUCUGCCAGAUCAGGGCUACCUGCCUCUCAGACAGCCUUCACUGGGAAGGGUGUCCUACAUUCAGAACCAAGACACAACAGUUCCCUGGCUUUCAGCCAUAGGCCUUGCAGAGUCUGAUUGUUUACCAAGUAUUUCUGGGUUUUUGGUUUUCCUUCACUCGAGCAUUGAUUAUCUUGAGGGAUACUUGUCCAAACUUCAGACCAUAUUCAAGCAAACUUUAAUUUCAGUUUAACAAUUAAAAAAAACCCACUGUAAAUUAUUAACACUUUCACUUUUGUAUCGGUCACACUCAGUGGGCAGUUAAAAAUGAGAAAGGGACUGGAGUAUGAGCUGUUUUUUAAAGUGCAGUAGCGCACUUCAAAAUGGCGUAAGCAGCCAAGGUGUAGGAUUUGUCCUUCCCAGGAUAUGUCAGUGCACUACAGAGAAGACAGUUACUUGCACUACAUAAAGUAGAGCCAAAAAUAACUCCCACUACAACCAACACACUUAUUUUCAUAUGGACAUAGAUGGAAGUCCCAAGGAUUCAGAGCUUUGAAUAUAGAUACUGUAGAUAUAUUAGUGAAGUCAUUGGAGGCCAAUGGAAAGAAAUUUAUUCUUCUCUAAUUGUCGAAAGCAUGUACAAGAAAUGAGUGAAUAAACGUUACAGAAUGAAGAAGGACAAAGAGAGGCAACGUGAAACAGUGAGGAAUAUAACAAGAGUAAUUGGGUUGCAGGCCCGUUCUCAGUUCUACAUGCAUGGGAACACUGAUCUCCAAAGUGCAUUACUCUACCUGUCCUUAUUGGAUGUACUUAACUCCUGAUAGCAACGCCAGUGAAAAUAUAUAAUUUUUCUUAGCCAAAAUUUAGUGGCACCCUGAUCCUCAAUAUAGACAAGUUGGAAGAGAUCUCAAAGGUCAUCUGGCCCAACCCCAGUGGUGCAGGAGUCCCACUACAGCACCCCCAAAAGGUUGACUUCCAGUGCUUCUGUUGCAUAUGCAUAGCUUCAUCUUCACAGGAGUUUCCUCCUCCUCUUGGACAGAAUGGGAACCCAUGGGUGUCUGUAUGAUGCUGUGAAGAUCUGCAUAGCUUUGUAGGUACCCUUUGCAUGGAGCAGCAGCUCUCUGAAAUCACUGAGGCUAGUUUACACGUGUACUCUACACUGGCUGACGGGCGGACCAGAUGAUGACUUGCAUGAAUGAAUGGGGCAUUGCAGAUUUAUCCCUUCAUCAACUCAAGUAGAAUAUUUUUCAACGGAAGCAGCUUACACCUGCAGAUCAAGAUCAAGGAUAAGAAAUCAACUGAUCUGCAAGCAUAUAUGAACCAGCCUUACUGUUUUAUGAAACACACUUGAGUUUGCUUGUUUUUUAAGUGCCAGGUUAUUCUAGAUUGAAGCUCCGUUUUUGAAGAAUUGAACUUCUGAUUCCUACAAAGGAUGGUUAAGUGUGAAUGUUAUUAUAUACCUGGCAUGGUCCACACAUGUUCUCAUGUGGUCUUUUGGUGCAAUUUCAUACAGCAACCCUUGACCUAAAGUCUUCUUCGAGUGAUCGGUUCCAUCCUCUGGCAAGAGGAGCAAUCUUUCCAUCCACAAGCAGCUUGCUAGGCUGAGUGGGAGAGGGACAGAGAGUGUCAGAAAGAGGGGGCGGAGAGAAAGAAAGGAGUGGUAGAAAAGGUGUGGCUCCACCUAUUUUAGCUCUGGCCCCACCCACACUGAUUUUAGCCCCACCCGCUUCUACCAUGUGACCCUUAACAGAUUCACCUUGGCAGAAAGAAGGGUUCCCCACCCCUGUUAUAUACCAUUAGAGAACUUUUUCUUCUUUCUUUGCUAUGAAACUUUUAUUUCUCCUCUCCAGUGCCACUCUCAUUAAUAGCAGGGAGAAUUGCCCGUGAGGACAGAUCUGGGUCAUUACUUCUGAAAGACAUCUUGCCCCAGACUUGCUAGCUGAUGGUGACCUCCUUACAUAUAGCUUUUCACAAAAAAAAAGUCAGAAUUUGACGGUGUUUCUGGAAGCCCCACAGGAAAAUAUAGCUACAUUAAUUUUUAAAAGAAGAACUUCUACAGUUUCAGGAAACAAACCAUGCAAAUGGAUUAUAAACUCACAGAAAGACUGUGGAAAACAAGCAAGCAGCAUGACAAGUAUUUUAGCCACUGUAUUUCCCCACAUAGAGAUAUUUGUUUCUCAGUAAAUUCCCUCUCUUCACCCUGUAGUAUUCCAUCUCGACUGCUCUAGCUGGGUCACAGUGACGAAGUUCUUCUAAUUAUCGGAGAAGUAUAAAAUGUUCAUAGCUCUUAUUUGCAUUAUCUUUUAAUACCAGAUAGAUGUUUUUCAGCAGGGUCGCAGCAGAAAUAACAGAAGCAAAGAAGGAAGGUGAAAGGUGGGUGUCUAGAGAAUUGUUAAAAGGCGCAGCUGACCAAAGGGUCACUGCAUUUCACUGUAAUUGCCACAUAGGGAAGCUAAGGCCUCGCUCCCACUGUGAGCCAUAAUGAUUUUAUUUUCUUAAACAAAAUUUAUAUACCACUUGACUGGUAAAACCUCUAAGCAGUCUGAAAGAAAUAUUAAAAUUAUCAGUAAAAAGCAGUUUAAAACAGAAACAAUUUCAAUGAAUAGUGAAAGAGGUUAAAAGAUAACAACACCUGCAUGUCUAGGUAGGCUCACCUCAAGAAAAAUGUUUUAAAUAGGUGCUGAAAUGUACUCCUAAGACACCUUUUCAGGUGUGUGGGAACUGAGGAGAGCAAAAAUAAGCUAAAACCUACUCUUGGAUACAAUUGGGGUGCUGGAGCUCACCAUGAACGCCUCCCUUGUUCUCUUAGAAUGGCAAUGGCUCCCACCUGAGAGGUGCUGGAGCUGAGCUCUGGUGAGCUUGGGCAGGGGGAGGAGGCCUGGUUAUAAUACACAAAACAAAGCAUAUUUUAAGAGCUUUUGUGGCACUCCUCUCCCCACACCCAAAUGCCUCACAAUAUAAAUGAGCUAGCAGCAUGUGCAUGCACGCGCGCGCACACACACACACACACGGUUUAAUUUUGUUCCUUAAUUGCUGCUGAAUUAACUUCCCUCCCAAAUAAAAGUUGCCAAUUUGAAGAGGAGGAUAUGAGGCAGAAAACUAGAUAGCAGUCAAUCUGUUCUUGUCACCUACCAGAAAACAGAGCAGAGGUGGGGAAUUGGCAAAAAAAGAGAGAAAAGGGUUGAAGUAAAUAUAUACCACCAGAGAAUUUGAUAGAAAUCGAAUCAAGGAAAUUCUGGGUUGUAUCUAACAAUGUCCCAUCAGCUCAAAGACUUCAACCUGUGCAGUGGGACUCCCUGUUCUCUCGUCUUCCUGCUCCUCACCCACAAGAAUAUUUUGGGGGGUUCGCCAACCCUCUAGAGCCGUUCAGGGGGUGCAGAGGUGCGCAAGGAGAGGGAAAUGAAUUCCCAUUGCAUAGGUGAAAGUCCUUGUGCUAACUUGACAACAACUUCAUUGGAUAUAACUGCCCCUCUUGGGUGUGGGGUGAGGGGAAGCAUUUUGAUGCAAAAAAACACAGAAUGAAAAA